UCCAAACUGCUUCGACUGCUUCGACUGCUUCUUCUCGCUCCGAGAAAACAACGAUUGAUGAGAAAAGAUCAGUGCUAUAGAGUUGAGCUCAGAUCGUGAUAACCUCACCAUCUCUCAACGUCACAAUGCUACGAUCCAUACGGACAACCAAGUCCCUGGUAAUCACACGACGGUCGUCAAGCAUGACCAGACCAAAAGUGGCAGUGCUUUACCAGGCUUGCGAUCCUCCCGUCGUCAACGGGGUACGGAAACCCAAGAAACCAGGAGGUUACCAGGACUCCGGGGCCGACAUAGCGUACGUGCUACGUUCGAGGGGAGUUGACGUUCUCACACCCCUGCCCGAUCCAAACCCCCGACGCGACGAGGGAUGGUGUUUCCCAGAUACGGAAGCUGGUAUUGUGGCCGCGGUCAAAGGAGGAGCGACAACACUCUGGGCCAACACGAUUCUAUUCGCCUCGCAUCCUCUACAGACGUCCUCGGCGCUGGACGUUUAUGCUCCUCAGGUGAAAGUGAUAGGUCAACCUCCCUUACUGGUCGAACAGUACGACGACAAGAACCAUGUCAAUUCUCUACUCCGAGACUCUGGCGCUUUCACCCUUCCACGCUCUUGGAUCGUGCAUUCCCCCAUCACUUCAACAUCUGUGAACAACUCGCUUGAAAAUCUCCCUUAUCCCGUCGUCGCCAAACCAAUUCGAGGCCGGGGUAGUCACGGGGUCAAACUGUGUCGUGACCGCGCUUCCCUGGAAGAUCAUCUGUCCAGUGUACUCUUCAAAGAAAGCCCGUCGGCGAUGGUCGAAGAGUUCCUCUCUGGCCCCGAGGCCACCGUCACCGUCAUGCCCCCUUUAUUGUCGUCUACGUCUGCGUCCACAUCUCCGCCUCGAUCUUCUUCUCGAGAUUUAUCGGAUCAUCAGCAAUCCACUCAGACAAGAACAAAACCCACGUACACCGCCCUCCCCAUAGUCUUGCGCUUCAACCACGAGGAUGGAAUUGCUCCCUACAGCGGCGUCGUGGCCGUGACGGCCAAUUCACGAGCCCUCCCGAAGGAUGAACUUGACAGCAACCCCCGAUACGCCGAGAUAAGUCGCCAGUGCGAACGGAUUGCCGAGCUCCUUCGUGUCACGGCUCCGAUACGUGUCGAUGUCCGAUGUUUCGACGAUCGUGACCCAAACUCAAAAUUCGCCGUGUUCGAUGUGAACAUGAAACCUAACAUGACAGGUCCUGGUCGCCCAGGUCGCGAAGAUCAAUCCAGCCUCACGGCCAUCGCGGCUGUUGCUCUGGGUUGGGACUACCCGCGACUAUUGUUGAGGAUGUUGGACUCGACCACGACAUUAGAGCAACUGCGAAGAAUCUCAAUAAAAUAAUUUUAUUGGCAUAUCUGUGCAAG